AAGGGGGAGGGGGUGAGGAGGAGGAGGAGGAGGCGGCACGGGUGCUGUUUCUCCAGUCUCUUUCCCUGUCUUUGUCUCACACACUCUUUUGUUAGCCAUGCCUAGCCUGCUGGUUCUAGCAGGGAUCAUGGAGAAAAACGGGGGCUACGGCGGGGAUCUGGCCGGCUCCGGCUUCGGCGGCGAAGGUCUCCUCGUAGCGCCCGACGAGGAGGAGGACGACUCCCGUGCCCUCAGGGUCGCGCUCGGCCAGUUGUCGCUGCUGGGGCUCGGGGAAGGCGAGGACGGCGGCGGCGGCGGAGCCCCGACAACGGGAGUGCAGGACCGGAGCAACAACAACAACAACAACCACCACCACCACAACCACGCCAACGGCGGCGGGGACGCGGCCAUCCUGCAGGGGAAGAGCAAGUUGUGCGCCCUGUACGAGAGCUCCUCGGCGGAGACGAAGGGACGAGGCUGCAACAUAACAGAAUGCGUCCCGGUGCCCAGCUCCGAACAUGUGGCCGAGAUAGUGGGCAGGCAAGGUUGCAAGAUCAAAGCUCUGCGGGCCAAGACCAACACCUACAUCAAGACGCCGGUCCGAGGAGAGGAGCCCGUGUUUCUAAUCACCGGCCGCAAGGAAGACGUGGCUCUGGCCCGCCGCGAAAUCAUCUCCGCCGCGGAGCACUUCUCCAUGCUGCGGGCCUCCCGCAACAAGCUGGGGGUGUCCUUCAGCGGCUCGCCGCCCACGCCUCUGCCGGGUCAGACCACCAUUCAGGUGAGAGUGCCAUACCGGGUGGUGGGGCUGGUGGUGGGGCCCAAGGGCUCCACCAUAAAGCGCAUCCAGCAGCAAACCUGCACGUACAUCGUGACCCCCAGCCGGGACCGCGACCCCGUCUUCGAGAUCACGGGCUCCCCGAGCAACGCCGAGCGGGCCCGGGAGGAGAUCGAGGCCCACAUCGCCUUCCGGACGGGCGGCCUGCACGACCACAACAACGAGAACGACUGCCUGGGGCCCAACGGCGGAGGCAGCCCCGCGGGCAGCACCGGCGGUCUGGAGAGCCGGCUGCAGCAGGUGUGGGGGCUGCAGGGGGGCCAGCGCAAGCCGCUCACCAGCAGCUACCGGCAGAACUUCUCGGAUGCCAUGGUGGGAGGCGGGAGCGGAGGAGGAGGAGGAGGAGAGGGAGGGGGGAUCUACAGCAAGAGCAACUUCUCCAGCUCAGGGGAGAAACCCUGCUCGUAUUUUGGAUCGGAGGGCACUCAGGGCUGGGGGGACCCCGACUACCCCAAACAGGUGUCCUUUUACACCCAGCAGCGCUCCAAGAGCUUCGGCGGCCUCCCGCUGCCCCUCACCAGACUCUCCCCCGGUUUGCCGGAGUCCUGCGGAGGCGGGACCCCCAACAACUCGGUCACCAGCAUCGUCUCCGGCUCGCCCCACGCCCAGGCUCGCCGCGCCCACAGCGAGCCCGCAUCGGCCGGGGACGGCUUCCCGGGCCGGCUGCCGGUGCCGGACUCUCCGCCGGCCGCCGUGCGGGACUGCAUGACCUGCUUUGAGAGCAAGGUGACGGCCGCCCUGGUGCCCUGCGGCCACAACCUGUUCUGCAUGGAGUGUGCCAUCCGAAUCUGUGAGCUCAACCACCCGGAGUGCCCGGUGUGCCACACCCAGGUCACUCAGGCCAUCCGGAUAUUCUCCUAAAGAACCACGUCCGUUUUUAGUCUUAGUUUCCUCAAUAAUUAUUUACUGUUCUUAUGAUUACUAUUAUUAUUAUUAUUAUUAUUAUUACUAUUAUUAUUAUUAUAUUAUUAUUAUUAUAUACAUUUUUGUUUCCAGAAAAUUUCAAAACAAUCAAGCAGAUAUUUUAGAAGGCCUGCUUGCUUUACUAAAAAGUAUAAGAAAUAUUUUUAAGUUUUUCUUUUUUUUAUAUAUAUAUGCAUAUAUAUUUUAUAAAAGUUUUGUUUAUAAGAGAAGUAUAGUACCUUGCAUUUUCAGUUUUUUUUUUGACUGCCGCUGUUUUUCAUUCAUGAAUCACGGCGUAGGCAGAGGUAGACAGUAAUGUGAACAUUUUAUUAUUCUUUUCUUUUUACCUUUAAAGUGGGUUUUAUUGAAGGAAACAGAUGAUUGUUGAGGAACCCAAGCUGCACUUGACUCCCUAGAAAGUCAAUGUUGUUAUAGAAGGAAUAAAACAGACAGAACUUUUUGCACCUUACAAUCAUCUUGGUCUAAAACAGGAUUGUUAAAUCGUACCUUGAGAAAUAUCCACGGGCUGAUGUGAAGUCAAACUCAACGUUUUCAGUUAAACUGUGAUUGUGGGCUCGUAGAAUUGGUCCGAAAUAUUUUGGGGAGGGAGGGGGGGGGGGGGGGUAAAAGAAAACGUGUCUAGCUUUGUCCUGGUCAGGAUCUAUACAGGAAGACGUGAAACAAAUCUUUAUUUCAUUAGAAAACAGAUUUAAAGGGGAUAGGAUUUAAAUUAUUUAUAGGGACGGCGUAAAUGUUAUGAAUAUUAUUCAGAGGGGGGGGGGGGGGGGCUUGAUUUAAAGGUGGGAUUCUCCGUCCAAUAGCCAAAUGGUCGCCGCCGUUAGUCGAAAAGGCUCCAUGACGCUCCGCUAGAAAAGCGCGUGUCUCCUCGGUCGGCUUAAAGCGCCCGAAGGAGCCAGAAAGCCCUGGAAACCAUCCAGUUGGCCUCUUCCAUAUUCCCGCAGGACGUGUCUUGAAGCCACCGUAGCCACGGUUUAUCGUCUGGCGUGGUCGUUAGGCCGCGUCCGGCUGACGAGGCAGGGCCCCCCCCCCCCCCAAGAAGCUGGAAAAAAGCGGCGUAAAAAAGGUGUCCUGAAUCAGCAGCAGAUUAAAGGAGUGGAUGGAGUAAAAGCCAGAGUCCAGGACUGGUAAUCCUUUCUCCUGGUCUGCGGACGGCGUUGUGCGGGGCGGCGAGGGGCCGGCCGUCUCCCCUGUAAUUAGCAGCGCUGUACAGGAGCAGGUGUUUCACGGCGCUCUGUGGCUCUGACCCUGGCUUUGGAGGUCUCGCCGAGCCCCCUUUCUUUCUCUCUUUUCUUUGGGAGUGGCUUUCAUGCCUCCCCCCCCCCCCCCCUCACCCACCCCACCCGGUCCUGGGCUUACAGUUGGACCGUUUGCCUUUGAGCCGUAUUGUCUGGGCACCGGUGGCGGCGUGGGCCACGGUGAGCUUGGACACGGCGCGGAUCCGCUCAUUGACAAUUAGGCAAAUGUGUCGGUCCAGGUGCGGACCGUGCGGGGAAUCUGGACUCCGAGGCUCUGAAGGGGGGCUGGAUGCAGCUGCCCAAACAGGACCCAGCCCCUCCUUCAAGCCCCCUUUUUUGCCCCUUUUCCUUUUCUGACCCAAGUGGAGACAAGAGGAGGAGGGGGUGUGGGGGGGUCUCUUUUGUCCCAAAACACACAAGCCUUGAAAGACACUAGCCCAAUUUGGCAGCCGUGAAAUAAAAUGGAGGUUUAGGAGCGACAUACAUAAUCCAGUUACCUGGAAUAUUUAUUCCGGCGAUGAAAAGCGAACCGUUUUGUGAUCACAUCACGCAGGGCGCAGUAUUAAUCCCCCUCUUCGGGAGCCAUUUGUGGGAUCAGAGUUCCCACAAAGGCCCCCCCUCGGCGUUUCUACUGUAAGGGCCAUCCCACGCCUGGCCCUUCACCUCGAACGGCCCCGGCCAACGGCGCCCCCCCCCCCCUCGCGUUACUUUUUACAAUGAAAUCAGACUAUUGUAAUUGACAGGAAGGCAGAGGAAACGCCCCAUUUAACCAGCACUCAUGCUGAAUCAAAUUACACACCCUCUGCGUCUGCCUUAGCCCCAGCCUGGGGAUUUCAGAGGGCUAGAGCAAUGGAUCGGGGGUGGGGGGGUUGUAGGGAUUAAAGCUGUUGAAUGAUGGGAGGGAGGGAGGGAGGUGGGAGCAGAGUAAGGGAGGAGUUUGCUUCAAGACGACAAAAAAAAAACAACAAAGACCCUGCAGACCGAGCAGGUCUCUGAGCGAGUUCUGAGCCGCUGUCACCCAGCGGGCCUCUCCUCUGUCGCAUCGGCCGAUAAUUUGGGCUUCGUCUCGUUUUAACUAAACAAAUCCAGUCUUCUGGGCCGAAAAAAGGCCGUUUUCUCUAAAGGGGAGGGAAAAAAGAGAGAAAAGACGGCCUGCGUGAUGUUGGGACUGCAGCGGAAAAAGUCCGUUAGAAUCUCUCAGAAGGACUGGAAGGGAUUGGGGGGGGGGGGGGGGGGGGGUUGCACAGUGGUUUGGCCGAAGCUUUCAGCGUCACAACGAGGCGGCGUGACUCCGCUCUUUGAACUUAGUAUUUUAUUUUUUGGUAGUUUUCUUUUCUGCCUUAAUGUUUUUUAUGGAAUAUUGCCAUCGCUUUGGCUGACAAGGUAGCAACUUUUGGCCUUUUGAUACAGUACCGCUCCCCAAUAACCAACUUUGUAAAAGAAGUUAUUUUUGGAAGAGAAGAGUGUGAAUCAAAGCGCUCGGGUGGGGGAUUAGGGGGAUUCUGGACAUUAGGCUCUUAAAAAAAAAAACACAUGACUUAGAAAAAAAAAAAGUAUAAAGCACCUUAUUAUAAAACACGCGCAUCUGAUUAAUACCAAACCGACCGCUGAUGGUGAAAAUUAUCUCACAACAAUCUGAAAGACAUGCACAUAAGGAUUCCCUAUCAUUUUUUUUUUUUAAAUUCUCGUGUGUUUUUGGUGAUUCUCGUGCUCAGUAGUGACAAUUUUGGGAGAGCUCAUGGAUUUUGUUUUUUCAGUUGUGCACUGGUUUAACAAAGAUGUCUCAUUGGAGGUUCUCCCAGCUAGACGCUGGAAGUCGAGGAGUGUAGUUCUUGUAAAUAUGGUGUGUGGAUCCGCUAGGAAGAGCCAGAUGCAGGCCUGCCUAAAGGGAGUUUUCAUUCGUCUCUACAAUCUCAAAGUGUCAUUGUCGAUGUUUUAGAAUAAAUACGAGGAAGAAAAAAAAAACUAGGGAGAGAAAAUGUUUAUAUAUGCGCCCUGUCACCAUAUUAGUAUAUUAGAUAGAUUCAUACAUGUAAGAAAUAUUAUUUACUACGUAUGUCAUCCAAAUAUAGAUAAGCAGACGCUACUAUAAACAGUAAGAAUGAAUUUUAUGAAGCAACUGAUGUAUCCAAUCUUAAUUAAAUAGGCAAAUAUUUAGCCCCUAUAGAAGAAAUCAGUUUUUAUUUAUCAGGAUGGAAAGCAAUAACAGGGGAGUCAGCUCUUUGACUAAUGUUCUGCUUAGAAACUGACCUUCAUUAUCAGGAUAAUCCCGUUGCUUUUCUGUCUCUUAGUGACCUUAAAGUGUAGAGUGAAUCAGGAGCAGCUUCAGGGUCACUUUUCUUACUUUAUUCGUGUUUGUAUUAAUCUCAUUCAGGACUUUAUUUGGUUAGAGUCUGAGCCGGUUGCACAGCUUCUGAUGGACGGACGACGUUCUCGGAGGGUUUAGGUUCUUUAACGUAAGACACAACGUCGAGGCUGGACCCGUGUUUGAGUUCGUUCUGUCGUUUAAUCCUCAUUUUUUUGCACCUCGUUGAUUUCUAUCUUUUUUUUCUCUACUUUGAAAGAAAAAGGUCAGAUUAUAACCAAAGAACAGAAGAGAGCUAACUUGUCACAUCGUUUAAAGAUCUGCCUUUUUGUUUAGAGUUUACUGAACCAAGAAAGGAUCUUACGGAUGAAAUUACUCCCGAAAGUAAAUGAAAUUCAAACCAAACCACAUCUUAUUUAAGGACUUUUAAGGCUAUUUUGAGACAAUAUCGCCGUCACCAACUGACUUGAUUCAGAUCGGAGAUCCCAGCUCACUUUUUUUUUCCCACCUGGAAAAACUUGAGCCAUGAAAAGAAGUUUUAAUUAAAAAGGUGAAACUUGGAAGUUUCUUAAACCAGGAAUAAAAUGCUGUAUUUAAGAAAGGCAUCACUCACCUGCAUGAUAGUCAAAACUAUUAAAAUAGGUAAGAUUUAUUGAUUUUUAAAAAAAAAAAGCUUCAUAAAAGGAUCCAUCAGCCUGAUAUCUAAAGUGUAUAAAAGCUUUAAGACCUUAGAGAGAACAUCAGUUUAAAAUCAUAUAUUUACUGUGUAGUUUAACUGACGGAAACAUAGUUUAAAGUCCUAAGAAUAUAAGUUUCAUUUGUCCAGCUCACCUGUGAUAAGGAAGCGUUGUGGAGCAGCCAAGGGUGGGACAACUCAGUGAUACAUUAUGUUUGUGUUAGUAUUAUUUACUAUAUCGUAUUAAGGUUGCUAUUAUAGUAAAAAGUAGAUGUUUUUCUUCUCUUGAUAUCAAAAAGGUCUUUAUGCAUUUCUGUAGAAACCCUUUUAAAGGAGUGAUAGGAAAUCCUUAUAUUUCAAUGGAUGCACUUAAGCAAUUCUACCAACCUGUCAAGAGUCACACAUUGAACAAGCAAUGCAUUUGAAUGUACAAUAAAAAAUAAUAAAAAAAAAAAAUGGGGGAAAAAAAUAAACUAAUGCACCCUUUUUUUUAUUUUUCACGAUUUACAAGUGAGCUUUAAGUUAGUUUUUUUGGAAGGAAUUUGCAACAGGUUUUCGACGUAGUCUAUAUUUGAGUUCUUCCACAUGCAUUUAUAGAAAGUAACUUAAAAAUGAAUAAAAAAAACAUAUUACAGUUUUUCAGAUCUAUUUUGCUAACAUGGGUUAUUAUUUCAUAGAAAGCAGAGGAAAAAAAAAGUCAGUAUCUGGAUGUUAUUUAUGAAAAAUGACAUACAUAUUUAUGAGUAACCUCAAGACAUUUUGUUUUUUAAUUAAAAUGACAAGAAGUUAAUAUAUUUCUAAACACAGGGAAGUCAGUUUCUACUAAUAACUAAAAAAAAAAAGGAGAAAAGAAGAAGUUUUAUUUAUGAAAGUUAUGGCCACUUUUCUCAGGUGCUUCACGGUUGGCUGAAGUAACCGGAACGAGUUUACCAUAGCUGAAAUUUUAACUUCAAAACGUGCACUACUUCAACAUCGGUGCAUUAACAACGGAAGAACUACAGAAAAUAACAGAAUAUUUUUAGAAUUUGGAGAUAUUUUAGUCACAGAGCAUCGAUUUUGUGCCUCAACUCUAUUUUUUCUUGCAUCAGCAUUCUUUGUGCAGUGCUGCUUGCUGUAACGCCCCCCCCCACCCUACCCCACCCCCACCUCUUUCGACUAACCCCAUGUUACUGACUGAACGCAUUACUCAUUUCCUCUGUAAUCUAAACUCGCUUUUUUUCUAAUCAAAAUGUAAAAAAAAAAAAAAAAAAAAAAAAGCAAAAACUGCAACGCUUGGAAUGAAUGAGGCAGCUGUGACCCUCUCGCCCAGCAGGGCCACGCGCGACUUGUAAACACUUUCAUUCACACGUUUUUUUUUUCUACAUCCACUACUCAGUCCCAUCGAUCGAUGGCAGCAGAGUGUGAUCGGCUUUUUUUUGCUUUUCUUUAAACAAACAAACAAAACAAAAAAAGCCUUUUUUUUAUUUGGGGUCGACUUUUCCUGAUGCGUUAAUUAGGUGAAGUGCAAGAGGGAGGCAUCACUGUGUAGAUCUAUGUAACUAGAUGCAAACACACACGCAUACACACACAGACACCAGAUUCAUUACCGUACUAGUUUGCAUGUAUAUUGUAUGGUCUGUUAGACGGGAGGAGCGGUGCAGGGGGGGGCUGCAGCACCUUUUGGACCGCUCCUUCGCUGUAGAUUUUCAUAGUUGGCGUGUCUUUGGAAAAGCUGAUGCGAGUUUGGAGCCAGACGGAGACCGUUUCAGUCCCCCGCACCAACGCCUGACCCCGUCUUCUCAGUUACCUGUUUGGGAAAGAACAUUUUAUUUUCUAUUUUAUUUUUUCUUAAAAUGCUGCAAAUUUGCUUCCAUUUGUACGAGAGACGAAACGUUAACGUUCCGUCCUGAACGAACAGAAUCGGACCCGAACUCUGUCCGGCGGCACGGCGUUCUGGUCGGGGACCGGCGUGGCGCCCGCUGGCCCAACUCCUCAACGCCUUUUUCCAAAGAGGCCGCUGCAGUCUGACAGUUUGUCUUCGGUAGCGUUUCCAAUUUUUCCAGCACAGUAGAGGUGUUUCAUACCGGUCUAAUAGUGGUUGUAGUGCAUUAGUUUUUUGGGCCGGCAGCAGCCGGCGUUAGUUUCUGGUUUCUCUGUGGACAGUGAGGGGGGGUCACCGCCGUGGCCCUCUGUGGAGGAACGUUGAUGGAUGGGAAAAAGUAAAAAAAAAACAAAAAAAAAACAAAAAAAAAGGUUCUGAACUCUGUUACAGUGUGCCAUGCCGUCACAAAAGGCAGGUGAUAUUGCAGGUUUAUUUCUUAUAGCACAUGUUUUUUUGUGAAUUACAUUUUUGGAGACAUUUUUAUUAUGAUUAUAAUUAUUAUUGUAUCUGCGCCAUGUUAGUUCUGGUUCUUUGUUAUUUUUUCAAGAUUCAAAAAUGUAUUGUAAAUGUUUCUAAUAAAACAAAAAGGAAAGGA